AAAAUAUUCAUAUCAUAUUCUAUUUUCCUGCCUAUUGUUUAAUCAGAUCAGUUAAAUUUCUACCGGAUUUCAACGUUAACCGCAAGUCACAGCUUUAUAUUCUCUCAACUUGACCAUUUAAUUUUAAACUGUAGAAAAUGGUCGCAAAUUUGUCUAGAAGUUCAAGCCAGUCCGCGUGGUUUUUCCUAAUUGCGCUGGUAACAAUAAUAUAUCGAUCCACGGGAGAGCUGUCGGAGCUGACAAUAUGCAGUCAGCCGCAUAGUUUCACGGUCCAAAUAAUCGAAAACGAGCAUGUUGUAUAUGGCACCGAAUUAUUAAUCAGGCACAAUCCAUAUAUCGGAAUUUUUUCUUAUCCUGAAAUAAAGCCAGUGAACGUUGUGUUCAACGAAACCAUCAUAGAAUUCAAAGGAUAUAUGUCACCUGAAUAUUCGGUAACACAACAAGACAUUUCACCCGAAAAACUUUCUUGGAAUGCCAGUGGUAUCAUUUUAGGAAUCGGCACGCUCCAAAAACUAAGCAAAGAGGAUUAUGCAGUCCAAGACUGUCGCUUAUUUUUACCGACGAAUAUCAAAGGCAGCGCUAAUCUACCAAGAAAUGUAGAAGAAGCAAUUAUUUAUUACGCUCAGUCUUGUGCCAAAGAGCGUCUUUGUCAGAAAAUAGGAACGAUAAAGAGAGAAGACCUUCAAAAUAUCAAUAUAUAUGAUAAAUAUGGAUAUAAUAUUCCUCGUGUUAUUCGUCCUAACAAUCUAAAAGUUGAUUUAAGUAUGAAUAUUCCCAUGGAUAUCCUUCUCAAAAAAAAUGAUAACUACAUUAAGCGUAACAAUAAAUCCAUAAUUAAAAUUCCCGAUGUAACAGAAACAUAUAACAUGGGACUUGGAAUGAAAUGCUAUUUUAAAACAUUUAAUGGAACCUUCCAAGAUCUCUCGACUCUGAAGAGAACAGAAAAUGCAAUUAUGUCUAAUGUAGGACAAACGCAUGUUAUACAAACCGGUUUUGGACUUUCCACAGCAAAAUUUAAUUAUAAUAACUACAAGCUCAAAGUUGGUUUAAUUACGGUUGAUGGCAAUAUACUCGGAACUGUUAAUGGAUUAGCAAUAGCGGCAAAAUUGGUCAUUAAUUAUGAUAAAACAUGUGGCGUGAAUUUAGAAUACAUCAAAGUGACAGAACUUGGCAAAGUCAAAAUAAAAAUGACUGGUUUAGGUCCAUUCAAUAGUUUAACAUCCAAAAUAUUGACUUGGUUAACAAGAAUGUUGCAAGACAAAAUUGUUCACACUGUCGAAGUUAAUGUUAGAGACGUUGCUGAAAAACAAUUAAGUGAAUUUAUUUGUAAAAAAAAUGACAGUGAUGAAGUUAUCCCUGAAAUAUUUCCUUAAACUAUGAUCAUGUGC